UACAGUUUGUCAUUGAGGUGUAAGGGCUUUACGGCACAACUAGCUCUAUUCAUAUCCAAGGACUGUAUCGAUGAAACAUCGCAGUUUGCAAAGGAAUACGGGUGAUUUUAUGUCUUAACCAUACUAAAGAUACCGGAAUUAUUCUUUUUUUCAAUGUUUUAAUGUACAUUAUGGAACAAAGCGGGCACCUGCCGUGGAUCGAACGAUGGAGAUGCAUCGCCUACAUGUUGGUUUUCGUAACGUUUUGGAGCAAAGCCUUGGCUCAGAUCAGAUAUUCUAUCUCGGAGGAGAUGAAAGAAGGAAGCGUUGUUGGAAAUAUUGCAAAAGACUUGGGAAUUGAUAAGGUUACACUGAAAGAUAGAGAAUAUCGCAUUGUUGGUGGUACGACGGAACCUCUUUUUCGUUUGAAUUUAGACGACGGCAUUCUAUAUGUCAGCCGGAAAGUGGACAGGGAAGACAUAUGUGAACGAAGUAAGGCGUGCAUAAUCAACCUUAAAACCGUGUUAGAAAAUCCCCUGGAAAUCCAUUACGUGGCCAUUGAGGUGCUGGAUGUUAACGACCACUCCCCCGUCUUUCCCGAGAAAGGAAAGCGACUCGAAAUAUUUGAAUCCACGUUACCGGGAGCAAAAUUCCAGCUCCAACCUGCGCGCGACCCCGACGGGGGUCAGUUUACCGUUCAGCAGUAUACACUCAGCCAGAGUGAUCACUUUCGUUUGGAGGUUAAGGAGAGGGGCGAAGACCGCAAGUUGCCCAUCCUGAUAUUAAAGAAGCAGUUAGACAGAGAGGCUUUGAUAGAACACAAGCUUUUGCUCACAGCUGUUGACGGCGGCAGGCCGGCGAGGUCUGGAACAACAGAAAUAUUAAUUGAAGUGCUUGAUGUUAACGACAAUUCACCCGUUUUUACAAAAGAAGUAUAUUCUGCUACUCUUAAUGAAAACGCAGAACCAGGUACUUUAGUUAUUGAGGUUAAUGCUACUGAUUUGGAUGAGGGUGCAAACAGUGAAAUGGUUUACUCAUUUGGUAAAGAUGUAGAUUUACAUAUACAAAACCUUUUUAACAUUGACCCAAAGACAGGUGAUAUUAAAGUUACCGGUGUGAUUGAUUUUGAAGAAAAUGAAAACUAUGAAAUUGACAUUCAAGUUUCAGAUAAAGGAACUGUUCCUUUAUCCACUGACAAAACUGUGAUAAUUAAGGUUGUCGACAUCAAUGAUAAUCCCCCAGAGAUUGAAAUUACAUCAUUUUCCAAAUCAGUUCUAGAAGAUUCUAGAAUUGGAACAACUGUGGCUUUAAUCAGUGUUCAUGAUUUGGAUUCAGGCCCCAAUGGGCAGGUUUCAUGCUUAAUACGUGAAGAUGUCCCUUUUGCUAUCUCUCCAUCGAUGCAAGAUAAUAUGUACGCAAUAGUGACCAAAUCACGACUGGACAGGGAAGAAAAGCAAUUCUAUGACAUAACAAUCGUUGCAAAAGAUAGUGGGGAACCUUCGUUCUCAUCUGAAAAAAAAAUAAGCGUUAUUGUAUCAGACGUGAACGACAACCAACCACAGUUUUCACUAAGCCCAUAUACGUUCUAUAUAACUGAAAACAAUAACCCAGUGGCACCAGUAUUUACAGUUCGUGCAUCUGACCUUGAUAAUAGUGACAAUGCGCAAAUUUCAUAUCAUAUUCCAACGGAUAACAGUAGAGAUAAUUUAGGUCUGUUUUUGAAUAUCAACUCUGAAAAUGGAGAUAUUUUGGCUCUAAAAAGCUUUGACUUUGAAACCCUGAAAACGUUCCAGUUCCAAGUUGUCGCCACAGAUUCUGGGACUCCGUCACUGAGCAGCAACGUCACGGUGCACGUGUUCAUUCUGGAUCAGAACGACAACGCUCCAGUCAUCCUGUAUCCUCUCAGCUCUAACGGUUCUGCUGAAGGUGUGGAGGAGAUUCCGCGCAAUGUGAACGCAGGACACUUGGUGACUAAAGUCAGGGCCUAUGACGCUGAUAUAGGAUACAACGGCUGGUUACUGUUUUCACUGCAGGAGGUUACUGACCACAGUCUCUUUGGGUUGGACCGCUAUACAGGACAGAUCAGGACACUGCGCUCAUUCACAGAGACGGACGAGGCUGAGCAUAAACUGGUCAUACUGGUCAAAGACAACGGGAACGUUUCACUCUCAGCAACAGCUACUGUGAUUGUCAAAGUUGUGGAGCCCAAAGAGGCUUUUGCUGCUUCUGAUGUUAAAAGUGCAACAAAUGACGAGGAGGAGAAUAACGUGAUUUUUUACCUGAUGAUAACGUUGGGCUCUGUCUCAACGCUUUUUCUCAUCAGUAUCAUCGUGCUGAUUGCAAUGCAGUGCUCUAAAUCCACAGAGUAUACUUCUAAAUAUCUACAAGAGACUAAUUAUGACGGGACACUGUGUCACAGCAUCCAGUACAGAUCUGGUGAGAAACGCUACAUGUUAGUUGGACCCAGAAUGAGUGUAGGAUCUACUAUAGUCCCGGGCAGCCACGCAAACACACUGAUGCUCCCUGACAGGAGGACACAUGGAGAGGUAAGCACAACGCUAUUGCCAAUUAAUUGA